CGAGCUGCAAAUAAUUACAAAACUUUUUGUUUAACAUGUUAAAUGAAAGGUUUUUAAUUGAGUUUUCUGGUAUUAAUGAGCGGGAACGAUAUUGCGACUUAUCAGUUGAAAAUUGAAAUUGGUGAGAAAUAGAAUAAUCGAUCAUGUUAAGAAAUAGCGCAAUGGCUGUUUCAAGUCUACGAAAUUUUUGGUUGAUCGCUCUAACUCUACUGUAUCUGACCACAACUCAGGCUUCAGUUCUACCCACGGUUUUACCAGAUGGUAGCACUACAACUAACAUACAGGGACCCGGUACACAAACCAAAAUAAUGGGUCCGGAUGGUAGCGUGAUCGUGGCCGAAAAUCCCGGAGGACAAAUAGUUCAUCAAGAAACUCCUGGAGUUUUUGAACCUGCAGGAAGAAUUCUAGAUGAAUUUUUUCUAGGCCCGGCCGUCCCUAUGUUUGUCCCUGGAGAAGAAGCUCGUAAUGCUGUAGCUGGGUCGGCUGCAGGAACAUUAGCUACAGGAAAUUAUGUGGCACAGUCUGGUCAGGAUGGUGCUCAAUCUAUUGCUGGGGGUAUGGUUGGUCUACAGGGUUAGAGUUCAUAAUAUACUUUUUUUUAUACCGAUAUAGAUAUAAUAUUAAUUAAAUAAAUAAAUAUAGUGAAGAGAGUCGUUAUAGCUAUUUAUUUCUAAUUCAAAAAUUAACUGGAACAUGAAUCUAUAUAAAACGUUUGUUUUAUAUUUGUGUAACGUGUAUAACGAGUCAAAUUAGUUUUUCGUAAUUAUAUCAAUUAACAGGAUCAAACAGGCUUCUAUCAACGUUCACAUUUUGUAACAAAUGAUUUAACCUAAUUUCAGAUUACAAAGAUUGAAAUAAAACCUAUGCUCAUACAUAAAAUUAAAUAAAUAAUUUUUAGCUUUAAUUUUACAAUAAUGUAACCAAAUAAUUUAAUUAAAUUUCUGAAUUCAAAAAUAUAUUUGAGUUUGUUAAUAUUAACAAAGGCAAUUUUUCGUUUCUGUGGUUUCCAGUGAAAUUUCGUGUUGUUUGUUAAAUCCAAAUUAAUGAUGAAAUUUAAUUGAAAUUAGAGAAAAUUUAUUCAGAAAUAGGUACUUGAAAUGUUAAUCGAACACUGCGAAUAUCAGAGGAUACCUAUAUUCAUUUGAUAUCAAUAUAAUUUUGUCAUUUUUAAUAUACUUAGUUUAUUUCUUGGGAUAUAUCAUAAUAUAUUGAUUUAGGUGGUAUUUUCGAAUAAAGACAUACUUUGAGGUUAUUUGGUGCUACGCCACACCCAUAUCAAAAUACCUACUUAUUGAAAGACAAUUACAAGCAAAUAUUGGAAGUAAGUAUAACACGGAACUUAAUAUUACCACCGAAGGGGCAAGGUCAUGGUUCCAUGAGUAUAAAUUGCCGAAUUGUGGUUGCUUAAAUUAUUAGUUGAUCCACAACGACUACAAAAACAAGAACUAUGAAUUCCUUUGUAAGUAUUUAGAUUUUUUGAAAUAUAUGUCAUAUGAUAAGUUUGAAAAAAAUUAAAUUUAUUUUUCUCUCAGGCUGUCAUUACUUUCGUCGCCUGCUUGGCUAUCGCUAACGCUGGUUGGUUCCAUCAUGGACCUUCCGCCCACGUUCUCCAAGGACCCAGCAGCAAAACCACCUUAGUCGGACCUGAAGGAAGCGUCAUCUCCGCUGUAGCCCCAGGAGGUCAGAUCGUACAUGAAGAGCAUCCAGGAUACGUAGCUCAUGCCAGUCCAGUACACUCUCACAUUGUAGCUCACGCUGCCCCAGUUGUAGCUCAUGCUGUUCCACAUGUAGCUCAUUCAACAGUUGUGGCUCAUUCUUCAGCUUACGGCCACGAUAACGUUGUUGUAGCCGGACCAUCUGGAACUAUUUCCACUGGACAUUCCGCUCACUUUCCAGUUGUAGCUCAUGCUGCUCCAGUCGUAGCACAUUCUGCCCAUUACGCUCAUGUUGCUCCAGUAGCUUACGGAGUUCAUGGACACGAAGGCCAAUACGUACAUGACCACAGUGAAUCUUUGUACGAUGAUGGAUCGUACAAACCUCAUUUGUACCAUCAUUAAUGUGUGUGUCAAUAUACGUGUAUAAAUGUUUAGAGUUAGAUUGGAC